AAUUCUCAGAAUCCAUUUAAUAUUUUCUCCUUUAAUUUCUCCUUUGCCUUGCCUGGUAUCUAUUUUACCAUUUUUGUGUUCCAUUAUUAUAAAAUUCCACAAAAACAAUGGAGGCUAAUAGUAACUCUUUUCAUCUUGAUUCUAUUUUUCAUGUGCCCAUUAAGUUGUCUGGUUUUUUGGAGGAACCAAACAACAUGACUUGUAGUACAGUACUACCAAAUUGUGUUUCUCAAUUUUAUUUGCAAGAGCUUUCUGUCAAUAUGAGUAAUAAUGUUCAUGAAAUUAGCCAAAAUGAACCUUCUCAUGUGACAAAUAAAACCAUUUCUUCCUCCCUCUGCUCUACUCAAUCUAAGAAUGUAAGAGAAGGUGAUUAUGGGAAAAGGCAAAAGAAAAGAAAUGGUAAUGUGAAAAUAGAGAAAAAAGCAAAGGAUAAUAAUAAGAAGAAAGUCCCUGAAGAGGCCCCUACAGGAUAUGUUCAUGUUAGAGCAAGGAGGGGCCAGGCAACUGACAGCCACAGUCUUGCUGAAAGGGUGAGGAGAGAGAAAAUAAGUGAAAGGAUGAAGAUAUUGCAAGCACUUGUUCCUGGUUGUGACAAGGUAACUGGGAAGGCCCUUAUGUUGGAUGAGAUAAUCAACUAUGUCCAGUCCUUGCAAAACCAAGUUGAGUUUUUAUCCAUGAAGCUUGCUUCUUUGAACCCCAUGUACUAUGACUUUGGCAUGGAGUUAGAUGCUCUCAUGGUCAAACCUGAUCAGAGCUGGAGUGGCUUGGAAGGACCAUUAUUAGAGAACACAACUAGUAGCUAUCCUCUCCUGGAUAGUUCAACAUCACAUAUGUUUCAACAAUUGCAUCUACCAAAUUCUGUUUCUCAGGAUAGUGGA